AUGGCCAGUAGCCUGGUUAUCAAACCGUACAUAUUCGAAUGUGUCUUGUACAAAUCGAUAGACGUAAAACAAUCACGACUGGAACUUGCGGACAACUGUGCCCGGUUUAUUUUGAAGAAACGGGACGAGGAAUUAUGGAAACAACUUACAUCGGAAGUGAUGCGUGAUAAAAAUGAAUUUCAAAAAAUCAAACAAGAGGCAAUAAUCGAAUUUCAGGAACAUGAGAAGGCUCGAGAACAACAGAAAAAGACUCAAGUACGCGAAGCUGAGAAGAAAGCGCUGAAUGAAUUGAUGCGAAUCGAGGGUUUUGAACGCGAGCGGAUUGCCCGAGAAAAGAAGGAAGCCGGUGAUAAAGCGAUGGAAGAACUGGUUCGAUUUCAUGAAGAAGAACAGAAACGGAAGGCACAAUUGCAGGCUCAGAUCCAAGAAGCCAAAGCGCUGGCCAAUAGAAUGAGUGAAGAAAGGCGUAACACCGCCGUGGUCAUACCAAAAUCGGUUCCCGCAAGUGAUGACAAGAAUACGCCUUCGGGUGAUACAGUCCUCCUGGAAAAACCAUGCGAAUUACCCAUACGUGAAUCAAACCGAAUUACGAUCAGUUUCACGCCACGUGUGUUUCCCACCCCGGAACGGGAAUCGACAAAACGGGAGGAGGAAGAGUGGUUGAAUAAACAAGCCGAGCAUCGUCGUGCCAUGAUGCAGCGUGUAGUCGCUGGAAGUGAGUAUUCCGAACAGGAACAAGAUCCGAUCUGGUUGCGAGAGAAGGGAGAUUCCCUUUUCAAAGCCGGCGAUUAUGAAGCUGCUGUGGUCGCAUACACACGUGCCAUAUCCUUGAAUCCGAAGCUGCACACGGCAUACUCAAAUCGCGCCGGAUGUCAUUUGAAAUUAGGCAAUUAUUUCAAGGCCCUGGAAGACAGCUCGGUUGUGCUGGAUUUGUGCGUUCCAGCCGUCCAACAAAAUCUCCGAUCUCGUGUGCGAGCUCACGUGCGACGUGGGGCAGCUUUCUGUCACCUCCAAAUGUAUCGUGAAGGUUUGGUGGAAUACAGAGCAGCUCAAAAACUGGAUCCGAACGAUGCUUCCAUCGCAAUGGAUGUGCAAAAUGUGGAGAAAUAUUUACAAGAGAAAAGUGGCAUUUGUAUGAACGACUGA